AUGAGUUGCUAUGCCAUGUUUAGGGUUUUAACUAUUUCUCUAGCGUUUCUAUUGCUGUUUCCAGUGGUAUUCUCUGUCGAGGUAAACUUUUAAAAUCGAUCAGGACAUGUUGUUCAUUUCACAAAUCAAGCAAGUAGCUUGAACAAACAUGAUCGUUUUCUUUCCUCUUUGAUAUUGCAGUCUCAUACAUUAAGUGUUCCAGAAUCCUUUCUUUUUGUGUCUACCUUGGAUGGUACGAUGCAUGCCGUCAAGAAACAGACAGGAGAAAUUAAGUGGUCACUAAAAGAAGGUGAGAGAAUAACUCGAUAGUGGAAGGAAGUCUUAAAGAGGAAGUUGAGAACCAACAUGCAGUUGCAUAAGCCUUAUCGUUUACUUUGUGCGGUUUCUAAAGAAAAGUUGAUAUAAGGACAUUUUGUGAAGAUCUUCAAGUAAUUUUAUGAGAUCGAGCUCUUACUCGCUGACUUUUAAUCAAUUUUUCUUGUCGAUGAAUUAUUAUUUUAGUAGUGUUGAUAUCUUAUUUCAUUUCCUCCCAUGAAUAGAGCUACCGCAUACUUUCCUGGUCUGUCGUGAUCCCAGACAACCUUCUUUUUUCUCCUGCCUUAUUUUUUUUCUCCAAUCUUUCAUCGGUAGGUUAGGUCCAUAUGAAUAUAAACCACAAUAAAAAGAAAUAUAUAAUGACUUUAUUUGCCUUUGAGAGUCUUUACAAAUUUUUAAUAAUUUUUUCAUGACGUCUGUAUCAAUGAACAAGUCUCGCUGAAUGCUUUAUUUUCUUUGAAAUGCUGGAGAUCUUUGAAUGUCUGUACUUUGCGAGUUAAGUGAUGCAAUCAACAUAUUUAUCAGGUGUCUUUUGUCUUGGUACGUUUCCAUAAAUCAUUUAUUCCUGCAUUGUUCUGUCUCUUGGAGUCAAUAAGAUAGAUACCCUGCGAGCAGAGGCCCUUCGAUCCUCCUAGAUAAGUUGACUUAUCUAAGAAGAUCAAAGAGCCUCUGCUCACAGGGUAUAAGAUAGAUAGAGAAAGUGUAAAAAACCCGAAAGGUCCAAACUUAAUGAAGUUUGUUAACCUUUAAAACAGCUGUAUGUACAUACAAAAUAAUAAUCUUGUUAAAAUAUGCAUGAACUGUGGAUUUUUAACAUUUUGUGCACUAUUUAUAUAUGUUUUAUAAUCGACCCCGCAUAUUUCACAAGUCAGAACAUAAGUAGAUUAAGGUUGAAAAUGUUGCUCAUUUGUAGAAAAAAUGCCAUAAAUUUUAAAUUAUUUUAUCUCCUAUUUCCAUGUCCUUGGAUAUGUAAGCCAAGGAAAAAAAUAUCCAUUCUUAGUAAUAGGCCAGAUCUAUAUUCUACUGUUGCAUUGCAUAAGAGAUAAUAAAAAUAAUUUCUCCCCUGGUUUUGUCAAGUGUGAGUGAGUGUUGAGUGAAUAGAACAUAGCCUUAACCACAACCCAUCACCGUCAUAACAUUGAAUAAGAGAUGUUUAAAAAGCUUUUGGGUCAAGUCAAUCAAAAUGUGCUCACUGACAAUUUAAUUAAUUUUGUUCAAACCAUGACAAUCAUACAAAUUUCAUUUAAAAAUGUUGCUUUUGGUUGUCACAUUACUAUCAACAGUUCUGCACCUUGUUUGACAACAGAAACGUUAAGUGAAAAAGGCCAAUAAGUAUUUUUUUCGCUUAUGAAAUUUUUUUUUCCUGUUAACGACAUUAUUAUUGUUUUUUAAAUAGUUAUAGGAAAAGUUUGUUAAGUGUAUAUUUGUAAGAAAUAAAAAACAGGUGCUUUUAAUUUAUGGAGUUUUGAUGGGUAUUAUUUCAUUGUCAAGGUUGUUGCUCUCUGUCAAUAAGAACAAUAUUUUUAUGAUAAAUUGUAUAGCUUUUUUGUUAAAAUCCCCCUCAUAAAUUAUAUCUUUGUCUCAGAUGCUGUUAUCCAGACACCAGUUUAUCUUCGUCCAGGGUAAGAACCAUUGAUUGCAUUAAAAAUUGUUUUCUUCUGUUUUUGUAGUUCCUAGAUAUGUGCACAGUUCCUUUGUUUUUUAAUCCUUAUUCAUGACCAUGACCAAAUAAGUCUAGGAUUACUGAAAAUACUCUUCUCUAAUGCAUUAAUUUAUUCAUUGGAGUAUAUCGUAUAGCAUCUAUGUUUUAAAGUUAUUAUUGAAAGACUUAAGCUAAUCCUCUUAGCAUUUGAUCCAGAAUUUGUUAACUUUAAAAUGAAAAUGGGCUUGUUGGCCUUUCCUUGAAAGGCUUGAACUCUUUUCAUAAUACACCAACUAUUAUUUUUCAGUAAUUGACAAUGUGCUAUUGAUUAUUAUGUAGUAGAUUUGCAAGAAGAUGACCUAAAUUAUUUAUUUUUAUUUAUCUUAGUGCAAUAUUUAUUCCUGAUCCCAAAGAUGGCAGUCUGUAUGCUUUUGGCAGUGCUCAUGAUGGACUCAAGGUAAUGGUGGUAUAUAUUUUCAUUGUGUAGUUCCAGAAAAUAUCCAUACUCUCCCCACGGAAGGGAUUGGAAAUUCCUGGGGGGUGGGGAGUUCUCAAAGGCCCAACAAUAAUUUAAGUAAAUGUAUGAAGCUUGACUGGAAUUUCCAGAGAGGUGGAGGGUCUAAGGAAAAAUCCCUUCCGUGGGGGAGGUAUGGAUAAUUUUUGGAGCCACACAUUACCAUUAUUAUGAUUAAAAUAUACAGCUCAGUUUUCCCAAAAGGGUAGUGCCCUCUCGGGUGAGAUGACAAAGAUGAGAUAAGGAAAGUUCAGUGUUACAGGGCUUAUUACGUGUAAGGGAUGAUUAUGAAAAUAUUAUUUUUUAUUCAAAGUAAAAUAACUAAAUCAGUCGUUCUCUUGUCGAUAGUAAAAUCACCUAAAUCAAAAUCCAUUCUAGUUAGUUUUAUUUUCCUCCAUUAACAUUUUACUAAUUUCCAUCUUUUUGCUCUAUUUUAGAAGCUGCCUUUUACAAUACCUGAACUUGUGCGUGCAUCUCCUUGUCGAAGCACAGACGGAGUUCUUUACACAGGUUAUAUGAUAAAUAUGUCAAAAUGAUAUUAAUAAUAUGGAAGCAUGUCAGAGAAUCGUUGACUCACAAUAAAUUCAGAUGUACAACUACAAUGAAUCACAAUAUUACUUAUUUGAUAGCCGGGGGGGCAUUCUCUUAAAUGAAAACCAAAUGAUGUUCUCACAACUUGCAAAGCGAUCAGAAAGGGCCCUCCCAGCGGAUUUGUGUACUGAUCAUGCGCAUUACGUCAAGCACCGUAGUUCAAUGGUCUUGAGAAGGAACAAAAACAUGGUGGUCCAAGAUGGACAGUUUCUCGCCUUUAUAUUUUGGAAAUGCGCAAAUUUAUUGAUUUUAUGUCGCUUUACAGACAUAGUGUGUUUUUGUCUUUUUCUGUUAAACAAGAAGCUUUCAGUAGUAGUUGUGAUUUGUUUAUUAGGAUCAUUUUGAAUUUUGACUUUGAAUUCAAGGUGUUGACUGAUUGUAAUAAAUGAAGUGAAAUGUUAUGAAGUAUGAAUGUUAAUUCAUUUAUGAUAUAUAGAGCUGUAAGCUCACAUUUAUAAAGCUCUCUUGAAUAUACUUACUUCCGAUAAAUUUGACACUGUCUGUCCAGUAAUUUUUAUCAGCAGCAUGUUGUCCUCGCCUGGCAAAAAUGAUGUAACCUAUCAAUCGAUAGAGCGUGUUGUUGUUGGUCAAGAUCUAACACGGUUGUGUUUUAGUUUCCCCCACAAUUUCAGUACCGAAAGACAAAUACGAUAUGCAAGAAAAACAAAUAUGCAUGAUUUUUUUUUUUUCAAUUUUUAAACCAUUUCUGAUUUCCUCUGCAGGUUCACUUCUUGCUUCUAAAAAUAUUUACUGUGGGAAAAAUACUGCAAUUAUCCACUGACCACCACGCAGGGUGACCGCUUUGCAAGUUGUGAGAACAUUGUUUCUUGGUCCCAGACCUCGCCUCUCCCCCCCCAUGUUUGAUAGCAAUUUCCUAAAGGCUAAACUUACAACUUUGACCAGAAAGCAUUAGUUUAUUGGCUGUCAAACAAUCUGCUAGUAGGCAAAUCCGUUGAUUUUUAGAAAUUAUUUUCUUACCAGUACACGUAGUGCUCAUGUAUGUCAAUUUUCUUUACACCAGGUCGUAAAACAGAUGUGUGGUAUGCCAUUGAUUUGGACACUGGCAUUAAACAGCAGACAUUAAAGCUGGAUGGAACUGAAACUGUCUGUCCUAUGAUGUCUAACAAAAAGGCUCCAGUAUUUCUUGGAAGAACAGGUAUGUUCAUCUCAGGGGCACUAGGGUGGCAGGCAACACUAGAUGAUUCCUGACUUUGAGGCAUGUGAUCAAUCUCUUUCAAGUUAUUUAUCCACUGCAGUGAUUUUGUUACAAAUAGGUAUGGUGCGUCCUGGGACUAGUCUUGUGAAAAAUCAUGAGUCCCAGUCCAGAACCAAUGAGUGCCAGUUAAAAAAACAAGUCCAAAAUUGAAAAUGCUUGGGCCUUAUGUAACCAGACCGUUAAUCUGAAGAAAGACUCCAAAAUUCUGUAUCACAGUAUACUGAAAUGAAAAUAUAGUCUUCUAUUUUUAGGCACAACUAAGGCUGAAAGAAAUAUGCAUCAUUAAACAACAGCCAUAAUAACUGCCACAGAAAUUACAUGAACAGCCCAGAUAUUUCUACAAAUACACAUGUUCGGAUUGAUCAACAAUCUUUAUGUCUUACAGGACGCAUGCCAUGACUUAUUUUGCAUCUUUGGGGAUAUUUAUGUGUCAGAGACACAGGACGCGGGGUAACAAAAUCACUACCACUGUUAUCUGCCUGAGCUUCACUAAGAUCUCUAUGAAUUCUCUGUCUGAGCUUGCUGCAUUAUUUUCUCAAUUUUCUUUAAUUUUGCAGAGUAUACUAUUACCAUGUAUGACAGCAAGACUAGAGAAAAAAGGUACACAUGUAGAGCAUUUCUCAUGAAUGUUAAAGUGAUAGAGAAUCUCUCCUUACUGACACCUCUGGCAUUUGGACACCUCUCUACUGAUAUUACAGAAAAUUUUCUCUGUCCCAAAGAUGUCAAACUCCAUCCAAUUCCCUGGGGGAGGGGGGUACUCCCUAUAAUGGCCUAUACAGGCCUAAAGGGGUACCUUUUUCAGGGUUCAGGUAUAUUCUAAUGAAAGGGUAGAGAUUUCACUAAUUGAAGUAUACUUGAAAGGGCAGGGGAAUCUCCCAUUAAGGUCAGUAAACCGACCAAAAAGGGCCACAGUAGGAUUUUAUGGCUGUGAAAAAGUCAAGAAAAUUGUCUAGUUUGGUGAUUGAUUCAUAUUUAAAGGCAGUGCAUUUACAGCAGUUAAAAGGGACUCAAAGUUCUAAACCAGGGAAAUGAAAGGGAUACCAUUUUUUUGUCAAUAGAAGGUAUACGAAAAUGGGUCCCUUUUCUGGGCAAAAAUGGUAGAGUAAAAAAGGGUAAGGGGUUGGGCCUUAGGGCAGAGCCUCACCAUAUAAGACUUUGUUGAUGUACACCCCCCGCCCCCCCGGGCCCCACCCCGUUCCAAUUCCUGCCCUUAUAAUACAGACACCUCUGUAUUGUGGACAGUUAUCUAAGUCCCAGAGAUACCAAAUUUCAAACAAUAAUUCUAACCCCUACUAUAUCGGAACCAGCUAUUAUUGUAUGUAAUUUGUUUCCUUUUGUGUUGCAGAUGGAAUGCUACCUUUCAUGACUAUUCUUCUCAUCUGGCCCAAGAUUUAGAUUAUAGUAUGUGUGCUGUGUGUAUGAUACUGACUUUUAAUGUUUAGGCCAAAAAAAUUAUUUCAGUUUAUCAUUGUGGUUUAUGAUUUGUCUAAUAUUUUUUAAUUGAAGGGUUAAGACAAAGGUUUUGUUUUUAUCAGUCUCUGUCAGUGGUAUUUUAGAUUUGUUGAAGAACAUGUACUGAAAAAUACCUCCUGUAUAGGAAAUACCUUCCAACUGAAUUUAUCAACUGAGUUGAUUAGGUAAAUGUACCACUGUAAUGAUAUUCAAAAGAUGUUAUUUUGAGCUCUAGCCCUUUAUCAGAGUGUUCCACUCAAAACCUCCGCUUUUUGUCAUUCUCUCUCUAUGUUAUUAAGAGGACAAAGGGUCUUGGUGAUUAGGCUAGUGAAGUUCAGCUUUUCUAUGCAAAGCUUUUCUUUUCCAUAGGUCUUCACCACAUGUGUUCAAGUUCUGAUGGCUUUGUGGUUACCAUGGAUGCAUCAACAGGUGAGUUCUAAAACAUAGUAGACAUCAGUAAUAGUUGAACAUGUACAGAACUGUAUGAUUUAAAAUAUUUUUGCGCUUGACUGCUAUUUCUUAGCUAAUUUUUUAAAAAACAACAAAGCAACUGAAAAACAAUUUAUUUAUUAACGAAAGAUAAAGUUUUACAGUAUUGGAUGCCCUGCAAAUAGCAACAGGCAACCGUUCUGCUGCAAUUAUCUUCUGAAUGCUAGACUACAAGUUUAGUAGUCCCUCAUUUUCCUCAGGGACAGUAAGUGAGCGAAAUAUGUAAAUGUCUUUGUCAGCCAAUGUGAACAGUAAUAUACAUAAUUAUAUGCAUUUGCCAGGGAAGUAUUCAAAGAUUAUGGUUGACUUCUGGAUGAUAACAAGAGUAGUUUAUCAUAAGUAAAACGGAAAUAAUGUCAAGUCACUCUUCUCAGUGAUGAUAAAUUUUAAUAUUAUUAUUGCUUAAACGUUGAACCAUAAUAAUAUUAUUAUGGAAGGUUUCAGAGGUUUCAGCAAUAAUAAUAUUAAAAUUUAUCAUCACUUAGAAGAGUGACUUGACAUAGCUUGGGUGAAUGUUUUCUUCAAUAAUAAUUAUUGUUGUAUAUUAGAUUUAAUGUGUGAUCAACCUUUUUAUAUCAUGUCUGUUAGGUGACAUUUUGUGGACCAGGAACUAUGGGUCACCUGUGGUGGGAAUCUACAGAAUGGAUAAUGAAGCACUGUUAAAAGUCAAAUUAAACCACAUCGCAGGUGAAACCCUCAAGCAUCUUAUUGGUGCUAAUACUUCUAGUGCAUCACACGAAAACACAUUCCUUGGUGACAGAGGAGAGAUUGUGCUACAGUAAGUUUUAUUGUUAUUUGUCUCUUGAAAAACUGCCCAGUUGCAUUUUACUUAAAGUAGUUGUUAUGCUUUUAGGCAUUUUCUGUACUAUAAUUUCCAGUACCACCCCAAUUACAGUCAUAAUCUGUUGAUGAGAAACACUUUUGGAGAACAGAAAAUUAACUAAGUUGUUCCAUUAAUUAAUACAAGUAUUGCUUCCCUCUCCUUCUCUUAGUGGAUUUACAGGAUUGCUUGGGCGUGGCUUCUUUGAAAUCAACAGUUAAGCAAAAACCAAAGAAACCCACAAGCAUUUCAACUUCUUUUUUUGACUGGACUGAAAAAUUUGUUGUUGGAACUAAAUAAUUAGAAGGAGGAUGCAUCACAUAAGUCAGGGAAGUGGGGCAAGGGUCAACUUUUCCCACACCAUCCCCUACUACACCCUUUCAGCCUAAUGCCCACCUCGCUAAUUGAAAUUUCACCUCUCCUUAAUCUUUCCCUGCAUUGAAUUCAAGCAUGGUUGCAACAGUAUAAACACAGCUUGCUGGAAAAACAAGCCAACAGUGCAGGCUAUAUUUAAAUUACUUAAGACUUUGCAGGGUUUGCAAAUUUUAUUGCUGAGUGGAGUCAGUGUGACUUCUGCUUCACAAAUUUCGGAGUCAUUUUGAAAUAUUUGGAGUCAAGUAUCACAACGAAAAAAGCCACAUUCAGACUUUCCAGCAUGUGGUCCGGGCGUGUAUAAACUAUCGUGAGGGAUACACGAAAUAGCUGUGGUGGUCCGCUGGCCUGGAAAGCUCAAAUCCAUGAUGGCGGUCAUCGAGUAAACUUUGAUCGUAAUUUACCCCCUUCCUGUUUUGCCCUGCAGUAUAAUUCUUUAAUUUCGAUGAUUUAAUUAAGGUUUACAACGUUUACAAUUAACGUAAAUUGUAUUUGUUGCGAAAAAGGUAAGGACAAAACUAUGUUACCGAAAAUUUCUGGAGUCGAAGUGACUCCCUCCAUAACCUCAGUGGAGUCAUCUGAACAAUUUUGGCGUAAAAUACGCCAAAUUUGGCGUAUUUGCGAACCCUGGACUUUGGUAAUGCGGUUAACUCUACCCAGUGUAAUAAUGAGCAAAUUUUCAUUACAGAACUGUAAGUCUUCAGAAUGUUAUAACACAUGAUGUUGAUUUUGUUUUGUUUUGUUCUGUUUUUUUUCCAUCAAUUUUCCACCAGGCCAACGCUGUACAUAGGUGAACAUGCUGGUGGAUUGUAUGCUUUACCAUCACUAAUAGAAGAAGGGUCUCCACUUGUUGAGGUAAACAUACAACUCUUCUUAGCAAACAACCACAACAUUCACUGAUUUUUGGGUUGCUUUCAUAGUCAUACUCUCAUGGUGCUAUUACAGGAGCUAAAAAUAAUAUCCCUUUUUAGAAAGGACCUAAUGAUAGGUCCAAUCAUGUCAUCAUUUCAGUCAGAUAAAAAAGAAAUGUUGUCAGCAAAGAUGUUGACUGUGAGUUCCGUCAGGUACUAUGUAAAUCUUCCGCUUCAAAAUAAUUUAUUGUCUUUUGUAUUUGAUCUGUCCAGUCUUUAUGUAUAGCCACAGCUAGGAUUUUUUGUAGAAUAUUGGCAAAGUUUAGUUGGGCACUGCCAUAUAACUGGCUGUCGAACUUUUGCAGUUCUUCCAGAGUUAAACCUCAGUUAAUUAGGUUACUUCAAGUUUGCCAGUUUGCUUAACUCUAAGUCUGUACUGAAGGAUGCAAGGUGAUUUUCCGUUGGGUGUGUAUCCCUUAGUUGCACCAAUCAGAAAAGACAAUUUUUUUAGUCAUUGACCCUUAAGGUCGGUUAUUUAAAGGAAGCCUAACUUAGGCUGCGAUUUGAGAAAUCUCUGGACUUCAUAAGUGGUUAUUUUGAAAAACGUGUUUCUCUAGUCUAGCCAAUUUGCUUCCAAGAAAAUGUUCACUCAUGUGAUGAAGGGUGUUAUGAUUAAAGAGUUAGGUAACAUGAAAAUGGCUUAGAACAAACAGUUUGUUAUGCUGUGUGAAGUUUUAAACUAAGCUAAUCUGCUUGUUAGCUUUUACCAGGUAAUGGGCUUCUUAGACAGGCAUUAGUAAGGCUUUAAACGAUAUUCUGUUGUUAUUUAUAUAGCCAAGAGUUUUGCUGAUUGAAGGCCCAAAACCACUUGCUCCAACUUCCUCAAGCCACUCAAAAGAUGCAGUGUCAUCAAGAGAGGCAUCAGUAAACAGUUCUCCUCCAGUGCGCCGUCCUGUUCAGCAACCAAAGGUUCUAGAACCCAAGGCAGCGCUAUUACUCGGCCAUCAUCAAGUCCCUCUUGUUGCUAGUCCUCAGUUGCACAUCACACACAUUCCAGACAAACUUAUGCCAUUGUACAUGCAUCAUCAUAUGCAACCUACCAUUAAAACGGUACCCAAGCGAAUAGAGAAGGCAAACACUAGGGAAGAUGAACGGCGCCAGCAGCAGGAGAUGUUCGAGAUGAUGAAGAUUCACCAGAGGUUGUUGUAUACGAUUAUCGCCACAAUUGGGAUCCCUGUGGUAUUACUGGUGGUGUUUUACAUUGAGGUAUGUUUACACCUUUCUGUGUGAAAAGCGUGCGUGAUCGACAGGGGGUCACUCUUAUACGCUUUUUUUUCCCUUCUUUCCCCCUCUCCUUUGAGCUUUUGGUACAACGUGGUCUUUUUCUUUUAAUUUUCCUUUUUGGGUAAUGUUGGCAGUUAUCUCAUAGCUGAAGAGUUUUUCGACGUGACUAAACGAUUUAUUUAUUUAUUUUUUAUUUCUUAUUCUUUGUUCCAGAGAUCUACAAGACAAUCUUCUGUACCAUCUAGAAAUUCAUCUUAUUCGGGCUCAUCACAAAAGGUUGCUGAUCAAAGUGAACAACCUGUUGAUAACAUGAGUAAGUGCGUAAACAAAGAAAACAUAUUUUAAACUGGUCGAUCAGUUAGUUUAUAAAGAAGUUCAUGUCAUGGAUUGAGGUACCGGGUACUGCCAGCCGACAGUUCUCUAUUAAGUUAGGAAGACGAUAAACCUGUUUCAUAUCUCUUGAGUUUAGUACUAUAAACUGGAGCUCUCAACUGCACUACUGCAGGGAAGUACUCUGAAACCGCUACGUAUAACGAUAUGACAUUGUAGCGAAACGACUGGUAAGCGUUGUGAAUCCCUUGGAUUUGAAGAAUCCCCGAUUUCUAGUGAUUAAUUUUUGAAUGCCAAUGAAUGCGUAAAAGACAUUCGAGGCCAAAUGCGAAUUAAAAGAGGUUGUUGAAACUAGCGGGUAGCCGUAGCACUUUCGGGAGCCCGCCUACUAAGCAAAAAGGGUUCCACAGCACUGUCUUGAGUCAUGUUUCUUUCAUCCUUUUUCAUCUUCAUUUGUUUUAACAUGAGUAAUAUUUCGUUUGCCAACAGAUAGUUUUGUGUUAGUGGGAAAGAUCUCCUUUUCUUUAAAGGAUGUCCUUGGCAGAGGUUGUGAAGGGACGGUUGUUUACAAGUAAGUUAAUCCAACAUUGGUAGCAAGGUGCUGUUACUACAGGGACCACGCGGAAGACGGCGGGUGAGGGGAUGGGUGCUGCUGGUGGAACUAUUUUGCUUGGGUUGAUUUUAUAUAGGGCUCCGUAUAACAUUGAUAAUGCAUGAAUUUUACCAUUUGAAAGUAAAUCGCAUGUCUUGCACAUGCGCCUCACGAAAUCAAAGGUAAGGCUCGGUAAAGCUUCGCUGUGGCAGUUUUUAUUACACGCGUUUCUCUUUAACAUAGUCUACUGUAUUGGAUGGUAUACCAAGUGGAGACGGCCAUGUUAUGGUUAUUGGGGCUGUGAAUGUGAUGCCGCUCAAAUGCCUGAUGAAGGACGGACCGCUGAUGCUUGUCUUUCUUAGCCGGAUAUUUAUAAUGGUUUCAGUGGUCCCUAUACUGUAUUUUUUUUAUUUUAGUACAAGCCCUUGGACGAGUUUACAUUGGAUUGGCCUUUCUGUAAACAUCCGAAAACAAAACAUACUUGUGCGCACUAGUGAGUCCAUUUAGUCAUUUGUCCUUUUAAACUUGCGUUUGCUUGAUUUGUCAAGGCUCACCAACGCGUUCAAUACAAGAUAAAAUGUUAGGAUAAAACUUCCUAAAAUUUUGGAAGACAGAUGUGGAGAAUAAAGGGGUUGGUAUCUAAAAAUCUACGUACUUCGUUAGUAGGUGAAGGAAGCAAAAAAACCUAUCAACCCAGUGUAUAAAAUUAAAUUCUUAUGAAAUUAGAAAACGGCUAUUUUGGUUAAUGCUGAAUGGAUCGGUUUGUUAUAACCAAGAAAAUGAGGUACAGAAUACCACACUCUCACGUACAGUCUAUUCUGCAAGGAUCACCCGCACAAUUGUCCAGAUAUACAGCAGAAUUUAGACUAUUAUUAUUUUUCAGGGGCAAAUUUGAUGGUCGUGAUGCUGCAGUGAAGAGGAUUUUGCCAGACUGUUUCAGUUUUGCUAACAGAGAGGUGUGAUGCUCUUGCUGAUUGUGAUUUUGACUUUUUUUUUCUUUGUGCUCCCUUGUUGGUAAUUAUAUUCUCAGUCUUUCUGUUUCAUUUCUAGGUGGAUCUUUUGCGAGAAUCUGAUGCACAUCCUAAUGUCAUACGGUAUUUCUGCACGGUCAGUAUUUAGAAGAGUUAUGGGCGUUUUCCAUUUAGCAAAAACUUUGAGAUACUUUCACGCAAAGGUCGAGUGAAGACAUGUUCCUUGUGACACAAGUUCCAUUUACUUACGCGCUCGUCACUAAAAUUCAAUAUGGUGGCCCAGAUGUCGUCUGAAUAGCCUGGAACUAGUGAUUUCUUGAGAAAUGAAACUCGUAAAUGGAACAUGCAUUUCUACCGCAAAUUUCCCAGCGAGAAAACAGGACUACCUUUUCAAAAUCCCACCCAUUCCCGGGAAUUUUUCAGUGGAACGCACGGAAAACCCGUGAGCCACAAUCAGGAAUUUCUUGGUAGCACACGCCACAAACUAUACAAUCGGAUGAACCAAUCACUGAAAGCGAAAUGUUGACUGAAUAUCCAGUGAACUAACCAGAACUUGAAGUAAAUGCAAGCAGCUGUCAACAAACGCGGAAAACGAUUGUGAGCGAGUUUUAGGUGGUUUUACUUCUGAUUGGUUAAAAAAUGGCAGGAGGUUUGAUGGCUAAUCACAAAACUGCAAUGAAAAACCAAUGUGAUCGACAAACUAUUGCACAUUCCAUGCGAUAACGUCGAUAACAGCUAUUUUCGAACUGUCUUUAGUACCAGUCCAUGGCUACCAUCUCAAGGUUCAAACCAUUAAUUCCUCCGUAAAAAUUUAUUCCAGACGAUAUAAUACGACUUUUAACUUUCGAUACCUUUUUAAAAUGAGUUUUACGUGUCAAGUUUCUUCUAAAUUUUACACGGCAAUUAAAUGGGAAAUUUUUCUUUGUUGGGAAAAGAGGACUUGCGUUUUUUCAACUUUCACCUCUACACUUAUUUCUGCGUUUUUCGCGGCCUGGAGAGGGGUCUCAACUCAUUUUAGGAGGAUCCACUAGAGUGAUAUUUCCUCCGUGUGAUAGUUUUCGUCUUAUUUCAGGAAGAAGAUCAGCAAUUUCGUUACAUCGCCUUGGAGUUAUGCGAGGCUACUCUUCAAGAGGUAACAUUUUACUGAUUUAGAUUGGCAUUUUAUUUACCUUCUGUUUCCCUGCUGAACGCAGAGGUAACAAAAUCACUGCAUCAUCCUGAUUAGGGACCUUAAAAUCCGAGGACGGCGACGUCUCGCGAAAAAAGUGAAUUCGUCAAUCUUCAAAACGGAUUACUCCAAGAAUUUUUCAAAUGCGAACCAUCCUAAAGUUGAAUUCCUCAAACUUUUCGUCGUCGCUUGUGCUUAUUCCAACUCGCUCAAAUCGUCAAAUGUUGGCAAAUUGACAAAAAGACUGUAUUUCCUUCCUCAGGAAAAGAAAAAGCCGGAAAGUCGUUGUCUUCGUUCACGCCUUCGACGAAACAGGAAAUUAGGCACUUUCACUUUGUAGUCGUGCAGCGACGGCAAAGAAAUGGACAAAAAAGCGUGAUGCACGUGCAGAGCUGUUGUUUUGCCAAUCUAACCCUAAUGCUUUUUUGCCGUACUCGUUUCCGUCGUCGUCUAUGUGUAAGCUCCCAAAUAUUUCUUCCCGGCUUAGAUCCUCAGUUAAGAAAUUGAGCGUAGUUCACGAAACUUUCGGCAACCGGUGAAAAAUGUUGUAAAGUAAUCUCGAAAGCGCCGGCUACUCACAGAAGAUAUUUAUAUUUAUAUAUUAUAUGCUGCUUGUUUUUGACAGUACACAGAAGAUCCCACAUUUGAUCGUCAUGGCCUGGCUCCAGUAGCUGUUCUAGAACAAGCCACCUCAGGACUUGCCUAUCUACAUUCUCUUAACAUUGGUGAGUAACGGAUUUAGAGACUACAUUCAAAUCUUCCUUACAGUCAUUGAUCUAUGUAUAUGAGUUGUUUCCGGAGGGUGGGUGGGCGGGGGAGGGUUCGCUCAUAAAAGGGACGGGGGUGUAAAUCACAGUUUUUGGUCUCAUUUAGGGAAUUAUGGUAACAUUAACAUCGGUGAGUAACGGAUUUGUAUUCAUUUUAGAGAGUACAUUCAAAUUCUCCUUACAGUCACUGAUCUAUCUAUAUCAAUUGUGUCCAAAGGGUGGGUGGGUGGGGAAAGGUUCGCUUAUAAAAGGGAAGGGAAACUAAAUCACAGUUUUUGGUCUCAGUUAGGGAAUUAUGGAUAUUUCCACUCAUAGAGGUAAAAAUAUAGAGAAAGAGAGAAAAUCAAAACAGAAGCUGUUGAUGACAGCAUUUGCCGUCGACUUCUUCAGCGUAAUAAAUUAGUGUUGCUCUUAUUUGUUUGUUUACUAUGGUCUUUUUCAAUUCUUUACGGGUUCUCUUAAGCCCGACGUACGCCCAGAUUAGUCUUUAGGGGUUUAAUUCUAAUAUUCCGACUAGUAUUCCCGUCCUUUUCAUAGGAGAUUCGUCUCUGGGUAUAACAUACACAUCCUCUAGUCCCAACGACACCAAAAACCCUCUUGGAGACACCUUUUUAAAGCGGAAACUUGAGGGUUCUCCGUAUUAAGAGAGUUUUGCCUACGUUUGGGAGCCUAUUAUUGCACCAAAUUUUUCAUUUCAAAAAGUCUUGGUUUCAAGUGCAGUUACGCUAGAAAUUUUCGGGAGGAUGAAAAAUUUUUGGCUGUCAGAAUGUUUAGCUUAAAAUUCCAGAAAGCUAAUCGUAGUUCCCUUUUUUUUCCCUGGUUGAAAAUCAAUCUUUGUCACGUUAGCAAUAGCAUUGCGAAAUUGAGAUCAGCUUCUUAGCUGAAGAAAACUUAGUCCUUGUAAUACAUGUAGAUUUCCUUUCCCGAGCCUUAGAAAAAAGAAAAUUGUUCUUUUCCAUUUCAGUCCAUCGUGACAUCAAACCUCAUAAUGUUCUGAUUUCUAAACGAAGUGCAAGCGGUGAAGUGAAGGCCAUGAUAUCCGACUUUGGACUCUGCAAGAAACUGGCGUAUGGCAAAAACUCAGUCACUUGUCAAACAGGUGCCAUUGGUACAGAUGGCUGGAUUGCGCCAGAAAUGUUCAAACCCGAAAAUAAAAUGGUAAGGGACGGUGGUUUCCUAGACUUCUUCCGUGAACAUUUGUUUAUCAUAUACACCACGUGUUAAUUUCGCCAUUACAAAUUGCUUGAAGUUUAAUUUAUGUUAAAAGUUGCUGAACGCAAGUAUUCAUAAAACUUAUCGGUCAUAUCACGACAAAGGUGUUUGAAGGGUUGAGCGGACACUUAAAGCUACGUGCAACAUGUUUUGUUCGACGUGCAGGCAACAGGUUGCAACUUUUCACGUAAUAAUUUCGCAUCAGAUUUGUCCCCUCGAAACAAGGUAAGGUAAUCAGCAAUGCACAACAAGUGAAAUGAAAAGGGAAUUUCGAGUCAAACGGUGGAAGGAAAAAGUAAUGAACUAUCUGCGCUACGUGUGCUCCACCACGCGUAGUAAGAAUUAAAACGACAACAACAAAAGCAACUAUUACUACUGAAAAAGUUAUAUCGAGGAACCAAACACAAUUCGAAGAUACAGCUAUUCUAACCUUUGCACUAGUCAGUAAAGGUAUUCUUUCUUCAAGCGAACAUCCACAGCUGUUUUGUUGUUCCGCAGAAAACUUUUCGAGACAUAAAUGACGAGAUGAACACGUGCGACGUGCGGCUUUCCUCUAAAUGCAAUUUGAUUGGCUGAAGAAUUCAAGUUCAAUUUACGUCAUUGCACGCAAUGUUACAAAAGUAAUUUAGCCAUUUUGCCCUGCACCGAGCGCAGUGACGCUCGUAUGUUCGGGCCUUGACGCUUGUUAACAAUCAGCACUCAGGAAAAACCGUUUGCGUGCAGAUAUGGCUCAAAUCGAUCAAGUCGUAGUUUUGUUGUAAGUUACAACGGCUUUACGCAACACUUCGAAUGAAAUGUAGUUAUUACGGCAUGGGUACAAGACGAGAGUAGAAAUUAAACCUAGCAGUUGCUAUUAGCACCCAAUUCUUAUAGGUCCGCUUCAGACAUUCACAUGUGGCGAAUCUAAUACAAAUGAACGAAAACAGUAGAUUUCCCUUAUUAGCAUUAAUAUAUGCACAUGUGAAAUGCGACGUUUUGAACCGAGCCUAAGGUCUCUUUAUGCAGUUAGUGUUUUACUUGUUCAAUGACUCUUAGUUUUAUCAUUAAAUUUUUCCCUUUAGAACCGUUCUGCAGACAUCUUUUCUUCUGGCUGUGUGUUUUACUAUGUAUUAAGCGGUGGGCGUCAUCCAUUUGGAGAUCAAUACAGACGACAGGCUAAUAUAUUAGCUGGAGAAUACGAAUUAGAAAAGAUUAUCAAUUCAGAAUGUAAGAGUUGUCUCAUUUAGUUUGUAUGAUAUUAGGGAACUUAAAGGAGCUGUGUCACGAAAUUCAGCCAAAUCAGGUUAUUACAAAAUUCCCGUUAAAUUAAGAAAAACGUAAAAAUAACCGCUUAAAACAUUAAAGGAGGGUGAAAAUAACACAACAGAUACAACAGAUGCCACGAACGGGCAAAACUGAAGAAGAUUGAAACGGAUUGGAGUGAGGGUUUUUGAAAACUGUUCAGCCUAACAGUUUUUCAAAGUUGAUCUCUGCUGUUUGCAACUUCAAAAAUAGUGCUCAGGAGACAUAGUUGUCUCGAAUCUCUGAUUUUGUCAUUUCAGUGUAAUUUCCUCGCUUACUUAAAGUUCCAUAGCGAUUGAAGGCGAGUAAUUGGCAAAAUUAAACAAAAUGAACUGGACUGCCGUGCCACAGCCCCUUUUAGCAGCAACGUUUUUGAGCGACGCACGUCAACCGGAAGUGACCCAUUUUCUCUUUUGAUAUACCUUGAUGCUACCAAAUUUGUAUUGCUAAGUGUCUGUACUCUUAUAGAGACGAUUUGCCCAAGAAUUUGUUCGAAUUCACGGCCGAAGAGUGCAAAAAGUCCACUUCCGGUUGACGUUCGUCGCUCAAAAACGUCGUUGCUUAAGCUUCCUAUUGGUACAGCGGAUAAUAACUAUUUUUAUGCCCCCUGGGAAGGGGAGAAUAACAAGAAAAGGAGCCCCCUCUUUUUCCCUUUUCCCCAACCCCUUUCGACUCCUUCCGUCAAGCUGGCUAUAUGGUAGCGUACAUGUGAUAUUCGGCGGAUCGAGUCAGCAUGAAAUAAUGCUUGCAUUGAUAUAUUUAAGGCGGCUCGACGGGAGUUUUUAGGGAGUAUACCUCCCAAGUUUGAGCAUUUACCACGUCGAUAUUAACAAAGAUAUCGGGAAAAGAUUAUCACAGCCGUAUUAUAUAAAAAUGAAAAAUUUGUUAUGAUCCAUAUUUUGUCGAUAGCGGAGUUACCAUAGAAACGUAAUGACACCGUUACGUUUUACGCUUGCCUUUGUAUUUCUCGGUACCAGGAGCUUUUUCGGAAAUGGCUUAAGGGAGCUCUAAUUGGUUCUUAUUGGUUGGUUUGUACCUCUUAUUGGAUCUGGGGGUUACCGCUGAAUUUCAAGUACACAAAUUGACAAUUAAAAUUUACCGAAACACUUACGCUUGACUGUCUUACUUUUCACAGUAAUAACAGAAUCAAAAGAACUUAUAAGAAUGAUGUUAAAUUCUGAUCCUAAACAAAGGUAAGUUUAGAGAACACGUAUGUUUUCACACGAAGUUCUCUCUAAUGUUACAUGAGCCAACGAUUCCAGUUGAACAUCUCUACAACGGCCACCUUGGGGACGGAACGAAAGUGGUUAUUAUAGAGAGGUGGCUAUUGUAGAGAGGUUCAAACAAGAGUGAAUGUAUGGAUUUUUUGUCCGCCGGAACGAAAAAAAAAGUGGUCGUUGUAGCCAAGAGGUGGCCGUUAGCGGAGGUUCGACUGUAUCAGGGGCACCCAAUGUGAAUUUUCGGAAAAUAUCUGUUCGGAAGACGAUUUGCGAUCUAGAAUUUUCGGAAUAUUUGUUGUAAAUUUCUUGCUUGCCUGCCUCUCCUAGGAUUUUCGAACAUCUAAAAAAUGGUAUAAUUGCCAAAUUUUUAACGGAUUUUUACCCUAAAAAGGUCACCUAGAAUUUUCGGGAGCCUUGUUUCUUGCUGAAAUUUUCGAAAAGGCAAGUUUUGAUCCCUAUAAUUUUCAGAUCACUAGACUUUCAGCUAGGAAAUCCGAAGGGAUAAAAAAUUUUUAGGGGAUAAAAAUAUUCCUAUAUCUACCGUUUAAAUACUAAAAUACGUUUAACAAUGCUAUGUUAAAGUGGUUUUGAACUGUAUUCUCGUUGGGUGCCCCCGCUGUAUAACGUCAGAUAAAUUUUCAUGUCGACACGAAAAGCCAUUCAGUACAGUGGAGACUCGGUUUAUCAAACUGGCUUUUUCUGAUUUGUUAGUAGUCAAGGGUUUGAUCGUACAACUGAGAUUGGUGUUGCCUCUAGUAGACUCAUCGAAAGUACAUUCGCUUUCAAAAAAGUUGUCGCUUAUGCCUCGGUAUAAAUCUGGUUGGCUAAUUAGGCAUCGCAAAAGUUUCGGAUGUUUGUGCGAGAUUUACACGGUAUAGGCACUCUUACUGGCUGUACUUAAUGAGCUGGUAAAUUUUUGGCAUGGUUAUAUUUUGGAAAUGAUAAACUAUUGUAUUUCGUUUCCUCUACAGACCCUCAGCAAAAGCAAUCCUUAAACAUCCAUUCUUCUGGAAUAGAGAGAAGCAGCUAGCAUUCUUUCAGGUAAGAUUUAAAACUACAUUCCACGUUUUUUGAAAUCUUGUUCUGAGGGUCUCCCCCACCAUUCUUUGCGAACUAGGUUCCGUAUUUUGCCAUAUUGUUUGUUCCAAAGACAGCUCUUGCCUUUUUUGUGUCAGAUGACUCGCAAUUUUGUCCAUAGUUGUAUCAAAUCCUUCAUUCGAGUACUUUGAACAGUGACCCUUAUAUUGUAUAGCUCAUUAUAGGUCUUUCUCCUCGUUCAAUAUAUAGACAGGAAUACAGGACAGUGUGAGCCUCAAAGUCCAAUUAUUGUGCUCACAACUGUAUCCGUAUCUACUAAACUAAAGAAGGCAAGAUGCCAGGAGUUGCAAUUUAGUAUUUUCAUUGAGUUUCUCCUAGCCUAGUUCAAAGAAAAUACAGUUUUGACGCCGGUAAUUGAAAAGUUAAUUUUUGCUUUACUGCAGUUCUUGUUUUCUUGGUUCUCAACCCAAUAAGAGGGAUUGUGUUCUCGUGGAACUAAGUAAAAAACGCCGAUAUAAGGGAUGCUAGUCAAGCCUGUCCUCAGAAGCUUUUCUUUUCUUUCUUUCUUUUUUACCGAUGAUUCGACGGCGCGAGAGCGAAGCGGUCAAUAAAUCGCGGUUUUUAAUUUUUAUACUCGCUGGUCGAUCUCUAAAGAGGGUCUGUGAAGAGGCUAACGCUACUAUGUAAGUCUGUUAAAAAGUCCGGCUACCGCUAUUGCAGUAAACUGCAGUUAUCGUUAUGUUUGUAGGACGUGAGUGACCGUAUUGAAAAGGAACCCGACGACUCUGCACUGCUUCAGUCAUUACAGAAAGAUUCCAUCCCAGUGGUCAGAGGGGACUGGAAAGUACACUUGAGCAGCGAAUUACAAGAAGGUGAGUCCUUGGAAGACUAGGAACUAGUGUUCCCCGGGGCCGUAAAAGUACUGAAUGUUGUGCUGUCUUCGUGACAGAAUCGUAAAGUCCAAAUGCAAAUAUGACAUGGUACGGUAGACUCUCGAGUUGAAGAUGGAUUACAUGAUCAUAGUUGAGUUCUGAUACCAAAUAACGCCAUCAUUUUCUUUUUUACAGAUCUUAGAAGAUUUAGGACGUAUAAAGGUUCUCAUGUCAGGGAUCUUCUACGGGCUAUGAGGAACAAGGUAACGUUCAUAUAACAAGUACAAUCACCCUGUGUGUUUUCAACGCCUUUUCUUUUUUGGGCUAAAUUAAUUUAUUUUGUAUUUAAAUGUAAAAAAAUCCCCAUUUCAUCAUAGUUUCCAAAAUGUACUAGCCAGAGAAACAGCCCGUCUGUCCUCGAUCCCCGAUCCUCGAUCCUCGCUGCCGCUAGGGAAGUUUCGCAGGAGAAACGCGUCUCUCCUUCGAAACGUAUCUGGCGGCUGGCGGCUGGCGGCGAGGAGAGACGGCUGUUUUCGCGGGCUAAAAAUAACUCGUGUCAAGACUCAAAAAAUAUUUUUGGACUAAGAAGACGCAAUAAUUAUUUCGCCAACUUUGGUAAUUCUCGAUGGAACGAUAUUAAUACUCCUAAUUCCUCGUUUUGUCGUUGUGUUUUUAACAGAAACAUCACUACCGCGAGCUUCCAGAUCACGUGAAGGCCUCCCUCGGUCCAGUCCCUGACGGUUACAUGCGUUACUUCAGUAGCCGAUUUCCUCGACUUCUUAUACACACUUACAACGCAAUGGUCACGUGUAAAAACGAACCAGUUCUGCAAACAUAUUAUUUUCAAUCUUGAAUUGAUCUUUCACAAGCAAUAAAUGUGGACGAGUUUUCUUCUUGUUUCCUCGUGUUGAGUGGAAAAAUAAACCCGUGACCAAGGCCUCGGAAAUUUCCUCGUUAGAGAUCGUGUGACAAGUCGAGUAUACACGCGCGUUUAUCCGACGCGCGCUGGUUUUACAAAGUUAGAGGCGAUGACACAGCAAGGUAGCCUAUCCGUUGCACAUUAAAGAGUGGUUACAACGCCAUCAACAAUACAGAAUUCUCUUAACUUAAUUCGAGAUACGAGUUCCGAAACUUAAUUUUAAUCAUACCCUCCAUGUAUUCUUUACAACUGUAAACAGUUGUAAAGAUUGUUUAGAAGAAUGCGCGAUUAAGUUUGUACAUAUUUUUAUGUCAAUCCAUUCGUUAUAAUAUUGUAACAACC